CCUGUCCGGCGUUCGCGUUCCACCCCCCUCUUUCCUUUCAGGUUGGUUCAGCCCCGGUCUACUCCGGGGUGGUGCUCAGCCGGCGCCAGACCGACCCUCGACUUCGGAGAGGCAGUGCCGUUCCUCUGGGUGCUUCCUCCUCACCUUCUUCGGCUUCUUCAGCCUCCUCGGCCUCUUUACCCGCCGCAGGAACCCGAGACCCCGGUGUAUGCCCCACCCCUGACCCCGCUAGAGAUAUGUCCACCCCGGCUCGGCGGCGCCUCAUGAGGGACUUCAAGAGGUUGCAGGAGGAUCCUCCAGCUGGAGUCAGCGGGGCUCCGUCGGAGAACAACAUAAUGGUGUGGAACGCGGUCAUUUUCGGGCCUGAAGGGACCCCGUUUGAGGAUGGAACAUUUAAGCUUACAAUAGAAUUCACUGAAGAAUAUCCGAAUAAACCACCUACAGUUAGAUUUGUUUCUAAGAUGUUUCAUCCAAAUGUCUAUGCAGAUGGUAGUAUAUGUCUGGACAUACUUCAGAAUCGUUGGAGUCCAACUUAUGAUGUGUCUUCCAUUUUAACAUCCAUACAGUCUCUAUUGGAUGAACCCAAUCCCAAUAGUCCAGCAAACAGCCAGGCUGCUCAGCUGUACCAGGAGAACAAGCGGGAAUAUGAAAAGCGUGUUUCUGCAAUAGUAGAACAGAGCUGGCGCGAUUGUUGACCCCGGGUGCAGCAAAAGAGGCUGCCUAUCAGAAAAAUAUAUAUUGAUGUGUUUGUCACCUUCCUAUUCUUCAGUGUCAUUACAUUGACUUUAUUAAAAGCAAAAUAGCUGUU